UGUUGAUUUUCCUGGAAUUGGAAGUAUUCUGAAUAUACUGUGGAAUGGAGGAUUAAAAAACCAGCAUGAAAUCAUGUUCAAAUAUCACCAGAAAUUUGGAAAAAUAUUUAAAAUGAAUCUUGGAUUUUUUAAAUCAGUGCAAAUUGGAGAUCCAACUAUGCUAGAAACAUUUUUAAGAACAGAAAGUAUUUACCCAAAAAGAAUGGAUAUAAAACCUUGGAAAAUGUAUAGAGAUUAUAGAGAGGAAGCUUGUGGUCUAUUGAUACUUGAUGGGCAAGAAUGGUUCCAGAUGCGAAGAGCAACACAAAAUAAACUUAUGAAACCUAAGGAAAUAUUUCCAAUGGAUCUGAGAAUCAAUGAGGUCAUGGCAGAUUUUAUACCAUACAUUGAUAACAUAUGUGAUGAAAAUGGAUGCAUUGCUGAUCUAUAUUCUGAGCUAAAUAAACUGUCUUAUGAAACUAUCUGCUAUGUCUUGUACAAUGAAAGAUAUGGGCUUCUGCAACAAACUUGUAAAGAAGAGGCUUUACUUUUUAUAAAAUCAGUAAAAGAGAUGAUGUAUUACUUAGGACCCCUGAUCGUCUCUUCUGCAGAACUCCACAAAAAAUUCAAUACAAAGCAAUGGCAAAAUCAUACAAAAGCUUGGGAUAAUAUUUUCCUAACAGUAAAACGUUGUAUUGAUAAAAGUCUUGCACAGAAUUCUGUUGGAAAGAGAGAUCAUUUACUUCAUGUAAUUAAUUCUGACAAUUUACUGACAAGAAAACAGCUGUAUGGUAUCUUUGCUGAACUUCAAAUUGGGGGAGUAGAAACAACAGCAAACUCUCUAAUGUGGAUAAUGCUCCAUCUUUCAAGAAACAAGGAUGUUCAACAAAAACUUCUAGAAGAAAUUCAGUCGACGUGCCCUUCAUAUCAGGCACCAACUGCAUCUAUGUUGCAAAGCCUGCCCUAUCUGAAGUCUUGUAUAAAAGAAUCAAUGAGAUUAACUCCUACAGUGCCAUUUACAAGUCGGACAUUGGAGGAAGAUACAAACAUUGGAGGAUAUCUAAUUCCUCAGGGUACAAUUGCAAUGAUUAACUUUCACGCAAUGACAUGGAAUGAUGAAUUCUUUCCUCAUGCUCAAGAAUAUAAACCUGAAAGGUGGAUGAAAGACAAGCACACCAUUAAUCCAUUUGCACACACACCAUUCGGAAUUGGAAAAAGAAUGUGUAUUGGGAGGAGACUUGCCGAGCUGCAACUUCAGUUGACUCUGUGCUGGUUAGUAAAGAAUUUCCACAUAAAUGCAAUCGAUGAAGAACCAGUGAAAGCCAUUGUCUCUGGACUGAUGAUUCCAGCAAGAGAGUUACCUGUGUCUUUAAAAAGGCGAGAUCGUUUUCUGGAGAACUACACCCAAUAAUCCUGAGAUGGUGCAACAUUUUGAUGCUAUGAACAUAUUAACCUUAUCUUAGGAAAUCUACUUGUCUUGCAAUAAUGAAAAAAGUAAAAAAAAAAGAUAUUUUAUCCAGAUGCUUUUUGUUGAAAUGUGAGCUAUUGACAAUACAAUACAAUAGGUACAAUGAUACAUUACAUUUAAAGAGAAAUGUUGCAGGUAUGUUCCUUGGGAUUAAAACUGUUUAUUUCAGUCAUCUGUAGUUUUGGCUGCAGUCAAAUUUUUAGUUGGUGACACUAUUCUGUUAGCCCAAUUGGCUUUUAACAAUAUCCAGUUGUAACUAAUAAUCAGUUUUGGAGAAAUGUUUGUAUAUGUUAGCUAUUUUAUCUAGUGUUUGUAUCCCUUUACUCAGUAAAGCUCUGCACAUAAUGUUGGUGCUGUAUAAAUAAUAGUAAUAAUAGCCUCUGUAAUAUGUAGGCUGUUAAAGCAAAAAGUUACAUUUCAAGUGGUGAAACAGCUUUUCAUGUGAAAUAAAUUGUGUAAAAAAAAAAUAAAAACCAUUUUACUAUCUUA